UUCGCCUUUGUUGAACGAGCCGCCGCGCUGAUUGGCUGUUCGGCACACGUGUUCAAGAUGGCGACCACCAUGGUGGAGCAUGUCGUAGCUGACGCUGGGGCUUUCUUAAAAAACGCCGCAUUGCAUGAAAUUGGGAGGAAUAUUUACACACUGAAGGAUGUCGUGAAUGAAAUUCGGGACAAACAAACGAAAAAGAACUUGGCUUUUUUACCCUACAAGCUCAACUUCAAAGAACCGUUUCCAGAACACGUCCGAUUCGUGACCGAUUUUGCCAAAAAGACCGGAGAUUAUCCGAGCCUGUCAGCUACAGAUAUUAAGGUCUUGGCUCUGACCUACCAGCUGGAGUUGGAGCAUUGUGGAGCUGCUCACCUGAGGAAGGUCCCAGCAGUGCAGGUAGAAGUUUGCAGCACACAGAAACACCCAGAAGCUCCGGUUAACAUCGCCGGAUUUCACCUUCCUCCUACUAAACAGAAAUCAUCAUCCAGGUCGGUUCCUGACGUUCAGCAGCCGUUAGCCUCCCGUGAACAUCCAGCUGCCGAGAGCUCCGAGUUUAACAGCUUCCAGUUUUGGAGAGAUCCCUUACCCAACAUCGACGAUGACCUGCUCAAGCUGCUGCAGGACACCUCAGGCAGCUCGGGCACCGAGGUUCAGCAUGACGUCGUGUCACGUGAAGCUCCGAGCGCAGAGAGCUCCGAGUUUAACACCUUCCAGUUUUGGCGAGAUCCCUUACCCAGCAUCGACGAUGAGUUAUUAAAGUUAGUGGACGGGGCCGAGAGAGUGCAGAGCACAGACCUGACGUCACGGAGCGACAAAAAGGAGAACGAUGUUGGUAUUGAAGAGGAAGAUGCCGAGGAGGAGGAUGGAGGAGGCUGGAUCACUCCCAGUAAUAUAAAACAAAUCCAGAUGAACGCCGGAGAACAUCAGGUGUCGGAAAACAUCACAGUGGGCUGCUUGACCACCGACUUCGCGAUGCAGAACGUGCUCGUUCAGAUCGGCCUGAACGCGCUGGCAGUGAACGGCAUGCUCAUCAAACACACGAGAAACUACGUGCUCCGCUGCCACGCCUGCUUCAAGACUACCACAAACAUGAGCAAAGCGUUCUGUCCACAUUGUGGCAACAGCACGCUGAAGAAGGUGGCCGUGACGCUCAGCGAGGACGGCAGCGUGCAAAUGCACUUCUCCAGCAACCCCAAAGUGCUCAAUCCCAAAGGAAAGAGGUAUUCUGUUCCUCUCCCACAAGGUGGCAAACACUCGAACAACCCGCACCUGGUGGAUGAUCAGCGUUUCCCUCAGCAGCGACUCUCCCAAAAGGCUCGGGGGAAGACGGACGUGUUCGACCCGGACUACCUCGCCGGCAGCUCUCCGUUCUCAGAGCACGACCUUUACAGCCGUGCGGCGGGUUUACAGCUGCGGGACGCUCAGUGCGGAGGAGGCAGAAGGCGCACCAACCCGAACGCCUCUCGCAAGAAAUUCGUGAAGAAAAAGUGAUCAGACCUUUUAUUUAACGCCAUCGAGGGCAAAGAGUGAGGAAGGAAAUGAAUGUACCAGUUCUUGUUUCUAGAAGAAAAAAAAGUUUAACUACAGCAUGAACUGACGUGUGAUUAGGGAUGUAGCGAUACGGAAUUUGAUGUUUGAUGUUCGUGAUGUCAUUGAGAAUCGUGCAGUAAACACCAGGUGACCUGAAAUAGCAGUCAACGUAUUUCCGACUCUGUAAACAUAUCAGGAGAGAUAAAGAUAUCUUUCAACAUGAGUAACCUGAUAAAAUUGCAUGGGAUGUAGAGUAUGCUUAAUAAAGCUUGUAACCUGUAGAACA